UAAUGCCUCGCAUUUCACAGACGUCAAAGUCGCGAGACGACUGAAAAAACAUAAACAAUGCACUUUGGAUCGUCAAAAGUAAAAAACAUAAAUUUAGUCUGUAAUGACCCAUAAGCGUUAAAACUAAAAUUUACCCUUAAUAACGAACAAACCCCACUUUCACAAUGGCGGGCUCCGUUAAGCAAGACAGCGUCAACCAAAUAAACGAGGACGAGGAGACCAGCAUACAUUCCAGGGCCAAACUCCUAAAAGAACUGUGCCUAAGUAAUUCGGAAUUUUUCGCGAAAGACAGCUCGGAAAAUGGCCAGAGGCUCUAUAUAUCGUUCCUAGCCAUAAUAGAUGCUCUAGACAAUAUAUCACCUAAGAUAAAUGAAGUGCAGAAACGGGUGGAAGAGUUUGAUUUUGAUGAGAAAACCCCUGGAAAUGGAUACGGGAGCUUUGUAAAUGUUUCAAAUUUAGCUUUAAAAUAUGCUAUAGAGCUCAAUAAUAAAAUCCUGUGGAAACGUAACAGUAUGUUGUUCAGGAAGCAGGUUUUAACCAAGGAAAUUGAGGCAUGUUCACACUUGCUUAUAAGCCUAGACACAUGCUUUAAGCAUCUUUUAACAUUAAUGUCAUGGAGCCCAAAUGGGAAUUUGUUUGUGGAGGACCGUCCAUUAGAGGAGUUAAUCUCAGUGUGUCAGGAUAUUAAUCAGUAUUGUUUUUAUGGGAGAUCAAUGGGGUUUCAGUUCUGUGAUUCACUAAAAAACGUACUCCAGUUUAUCGCCUUGUCAAUGGCAAUCUUUUCUGAAGCUUACUAUAGCCAAGGUUCCCUAAUAUCCAAGGCAACAAACUCGGUAAUGACCACGACAAAAUACAUCACAGACCCGGAACAACGAGCCAAAAGGAUCGUAAAUAUUUCCCAAAGUGCCGAGGUGGACUUUUGCAAGUCAUUCUGGUUCUUAUCGGAGAGCGAACUGAUGAACCAACUGCCCUCUGUUAUAUCUCCCAGUGUGGCCGUUUGUAAAGUGAUUAGCAUCGCCCCGGAGCCGUUUUCUUUGGAAAUCGAUGGGAAACAAGUGGAAGUGCCGGUGCCCACGUCCUAUUUGGGACCAAAACCGAUCCAAGUUCGUUUGAUCAGCUAUCAGGCGCGAGAGGGCAUGUUGGGCACAAAGAACAAAAUCCCCCUAGAACCACCCGCCGAUGGAAUAAUAAUUCAUUGUCAUGGCGGUGGAUUUGUGGCUCAAUCCUCCAAAUCACACGAGGGCUACUUGAGGGAUUGGGCGAAACAUUUGAACGUUCCUAUUGUUAGUAUAGAUUAUAGUUUGGCGCCGGAGGCACCGUUUCCGAGGGCCCUGGAGGAGGUUUUUUACGCCUACUGUUGGACGUUAAAGAAUCAUGAUUUUUUAGGCAGCAAGGGUGAAUCCAUAAUAGCAGUAGGAGACUCCGCUGGCGCAAAUCUCCUAUUAUCUGCCACCCUGAAGUGCAUCAGUACGGGAGUACCUCCUCCCCAUGGAAUAUUCGUCGCUUACGUGCCCACGUUAAUAAAAUUCGCCCCCUCACCCUCGCGGUUACUGUGCAUGAUGGAUCCCCUUUUACCCUUUGGCUUUAUGAUGCGAUGCUUAAAAGCUUACGCUUGUCCCCCGGACAAACUCGCCAGAACAUCCACCGAGGGUGACUUGUACAACUCGGACACCGAAAGUUUCGAGGAAAUAUCCGAGUCGGAUCUGGCGGAGCUUCAGGCGCAUAAGUCUCCAGUGUCUGAGGCCUCUGAUACUUUAACGUACGGCUCGUUGAACAGCGUCGAGAAUAAUCCGAACGAGAAGGACGAGGUGACGUCCGCGGAAAUCGAAAAGAGCCAGCAAUAUAUGGCCGAUAUAGUACACAAAUACGUACUAGGUAGGGAUUACUUGGGCUCAAUGUUUUCUACUAAAGUGGGUGGAGGAGAUCCGGAUACAGACACAGAAGGUACCAAAACGCCCCACUUGGAUCCGGAAAGUUCCUCCUCGUCCGCCCUUGACACCUCCUUUCAGACCCGUCUCUACGGUUUCGUGUCCUCGAUAAAGGGCCAUUUCAGUAAAAUGAUGGGCGAACGCGGCAUCGCCAGCGAAGCGAAGCUCUUAGAAAACGAUAGACCGGGGAAAUUGUGGGAGGAGCUGUGCAAUCCGGUCCCUAAUGACCCGUUUAUGAGCCCUUAUUGUGCUUCUGAUGACGCUUUGAAGCAGUUUCCUCCCACAAAGAUUUUGACUGUUCAACUGGAUCCGUGCCUUGACGAUUGUAUAAUGUUCGCCAGACGGUUAAAGGCUGUGGGAAACAAUGUCACUUUGGACAUUUUAGAGGGUUUACCGCAUGGAUUUUUGAACUUUUCCUUGAUUUCCAAAGAUGCCUACGAGGGUUCGAAACUGUGCGUGCAACGAAUGCAAGAGCUCCUCGCCAUGGAUAAAGAUCUGUUACGACCCAGAAAGACUUAACGACUAUAAAUUAUUGUUAUUUAUUGCUAAAUUAUUGGUAUUUUUGUACGUUUUUUCUUGUUUUGUUUUUUUUUUAAAUAGUAUUUUAGAUUAUGACAUUGUGGCACGAAAGGCGGUUAUGGUUGUAUAAUUGGCGCUUAUGUAAUAUCCUUCAAUGGCAAUAAAGUAUAUACAGACGUUUACGACAGUUA